AUGGCAGUCGAUACUUCGGUCUCCAAGUCCGUGGAUGUUGUUUCGGAGCCUGUUCGCGACGUUCACACGCCUGAAGGAUCUGAUAAUGACUCGGAUAAUGGGAAAAGGCCGCCUCCCCUCGUGGCAAAGCUGAUUGCCGUCAUGUUGAUCUCGUGUAUCAGCUUUGGCUCGCACUGGAGCUCUGGUGUCACUGGUGCCAUGAAAAGCACGAUCAAAAAGCAAAUGCAUAUCGAUAAUACCCAGUUCUCGCUUUUGGAGGCAAGUGAGAAUUUCAUGGCAACGGUUCUGCUUUUGAUCAGUGGUGUGAUUACCGACCGGGUCGGCGGUGCAGAGAUGAUCGUUUACGGAAAUAUCGUGUAUACCAUGGGAUCCAUUCUCGUCGCCGCUGCAACAACCGUGCGUUCGUUCAAUUUCAUGAUCGGAGGUCGCAUUAUUCUUGCGUUGGGCGAUAUUGCAACACAGAUUGCGCAGUACAAAAUGUUCUCCUCCUGGUUCCCCCCUAGCAAUGGAUUUGCUUCCACUCUUGGGUUUGAACUUGCGAUCGGUAAGAUUGGUGGAUUUGUCGGCAAGUCUACGGCCAACAUCAUUGCAAAGAAAACCGGAAACUUCGCUUGGGUCUUCUGGACAUCGGUUUUCAUGAAUCUGUUCACCAAUUUUGCCAGUGCGGCAUUCUGGUUCUUCAACAAGUAUUGCAACCGCCACUAUAUGGGACGUCGCGACGCAGCGACAAAAGAGCAAUUGACCGAGAAGAACAAAAAGUUCGAACUUCAGAAAAUGUUCGAGCUUCCCUGGAUGUUCUGGGCCGUCAUGGCAUUCUCUAUCUUCCAAACGAGUGCGGCCUCAGUCUUUUCCCAAAAUGCCACUGAGUUGGCAGAGCAAAGAUUCAACGUCGACUCGAUCAAAGCCGGAUGGUAUAGUUCUCUAUCACAGUACGCGGGCUUCUUCCUCGUGCCUUGCUUGGGCGUAUUCAUCGAUGUCCUCGGCAAUCGAGCAUCUGUUUUGUGCGCCUGCGGCUUGGGUAUGCUGCUGAGUAUGGUUCUCAUCAACUUCGCAACUUCGCAAGCCGGAACGGGAGCCGCGUUUGGCAUCUACGCCAUCGCAGUCUCUCUUGGACCAACCUCGGUGAUUGACAGUAUCCGAACUACACUCUGGCAUCAAUCGGUUUUCGGCUCUGCGUAUGCAUUGAAGGUCACCAUGAACAACGCAAUGAGCAUUAUCAUUCGCAUUAUCACAGGUGCCCUGCAGGAUGCUGACGACAAUUCCUACCGCCGAGUGGUACAAGUGUAUCUAGUUCUCGGAGCUGGCGCUACAGUCAUCGGCACGGCCAUCCUGAUUGGCACAUUUUUUACCGACAACCUAGCGUUGUUGCAGUGGACUCGAAAGAAGCGGUUGACGUCGGGAGCGAAGAUCAUCGAGCGGAUUCGCGAGCGCAGUUUGGUGACCGAUAAACACCGUACUCGCACCAUCUCUAUGGUUGCCUUUGGAGCUUUGAUUAUUCUGGUUCUUGGGUCAUGGGUGGCGUAUAUCUGGGGCGCAGUGACAGGCCACAAUUCCUAG